AUGCCUAUAACAUCAAAACAAACUGUUCCGCCAGCCAUGGCGAUGAGUGCCACCGAGUUAAUUGGGAACACUCCACUCGUGCGUCUCAAUAAGAUCCCUCAGAGCCUAGGAAUUGAAGCCGAAGUUUAUGCAAAAGUCGAGCUUUUCAAUGCAGGUGGUAGUGUGAAAGACCGCAUCGCAUUAAGGAUGAUCGAGGAGGCGGAGCGGUCGGGAAGAAUAAAACCUGGAGACACUCUGAUCGAGCCCACAAGCGGAAAUACCGGAAUUGGUCUCGCACUUGUUGGAGCAAUCAAGGGCUACAAGACCAUCAUCACUCUCCCCGAGAAGAUGUCGCCGGAAAAAGUAGCCGUUCUUCGAGCACUUGGCGCCACGAUUAUUCGUACUCCAACUCAAGCCGCCUUUGAUUCCCCGGAGUCGCAUAUCGGUGUAGCCAAAAGACUACAGAAGGAGAUCCCCAAUUCGCAUAUUUUGGAUCAAUAUGCAAACAAAGACAACCCUCUGGCCCAUGAAUACGGAACCGCACAAGAGAUAUGGAGCCAGACCUCUGGACAAAUCAAAGCAAUCGUGGCAGGUGCUGGAACUGGAGGGACAAUUACUGGUUUGUCGAGAGGUCUGAAGAAGUAUAAUCCUGAUAUCAAGGUCAUUGCUGCCGAUCCAUUUGGCUCUAUUCUUGCUCUGCCAGAAUCGUUGAACCAAGAGCACGCAAAUGAAGCAUACAAAGUCGAAGGAAUCGGAUAUGACUUCAUACCAGACGUAUUAGACCGCGGGGCAGUCGAUGUAUGGUACAAGACGGACGACCGAGAGUCUUUUGCGUAUGCCAGAAGACUCAUUGCUGAAGAGGGUCUCUUGGUCGGGGGCAGUAGUGGAAGUGCAAUUGCUGCCAUGGUCAAGGGCGUUAAGGAACUUGGCCUUGGUCAAGGUGACAUUGUAGUGGUUGUCUUACCAGACAGCAUUCGCAGCUAUCUCAGCAAAUUCGCCGACGAUGAUUGGCUGGCAGCAAACGAUCUUCUUCCCCCAACACCUCCGACGACGUCGCCCCCGUCGCCCAUUCUUCAAUCUUCGUCGACCAAGAAGGAUCCUUACCAUGGAGCCACUAUCAAGAGUCUCCGACUAAAACCCGUGACAACAGUUUUGUCCAACACACCAUGCACAGAAGCUAUAGAAACCAUGAGGGAAAAGGGAUUCGACCAACUUCCUGUCCUUGCACCAACUGGAGGAAAGCUUGUCGGCCUGGUUACUCUCGGCAACCUUCUGAGUUGGAUUAGUCGUGGCCGAGCAACAGGCAAGAGUCCAGUCUCAGAUGUCAUGUUUGGCUUCUCUUCGAUCCCGGAGGUUGUCACAGAUGCCAAAGAUAUCAGCAAUCUAUCCGAAGCACCAAAUUCCAACGGUAUCGAAGAAGGUUCAAACGGAAAGACGCAGAAAACACCGAAGAGAAAGUUUGUAGAGAUCACAGUAGAUACCCCGCUUUCUGCGCUGAGCAAGUUCUUUGAGUGGAAUAGUGCUGCUAUUGUAACAGAGAAGAGCAGCGCCGAGAGCAGUGGGCUUUCGAAGCCAGUGGCAGUUGUCACCAAGGUUGAUUUGUUAUCCUGGAUGGUCAAGCAAACCUCCAUAUAA